AUGGCAGAAUACGAAGAAUGCAUUAUGAGGUUAAAAGCAGCCAUUGAAACAAAGGUCAAAACACUUAAAGUAUAUGGAGAUUCCUCAUUAGUAGUGUACAAACUAAGGGGAGAAUGGGAGACGAAGGGCUCGAAGCUAGUUCAAUAUCGCAAUUUGGCCCUCGAACUACUGAAAGAAUUUAAGGAUGUCACAUUCAGGUAUCUCCCCCGAGAAGAAAAUCAAAUGGCUGAUGUUUUGGCUACAUUGGAUGCAAUGUUUAAAGCUAAUAAGAAGACAAACAUGAUGUCAAUAAGGAUGCAAGUAUAUGAGACCCCUGUUCAUUGUUAUCUUCUAGAAGAAGAAAUGGAUGGCCAUACAUGGUAUCAUGAUAUCUUACAGUAUAUGAGAUAUCAGACAUAUCCCCCUAGCGCAUCUGAAAUUGAAAAGAAAACAAUCAGAAGAAUAGAAACUGGAUACUUUCUUGAUAGAGAGAUCUUAUAUAGAAGGGCGGUGACCAAGUUUUGUUGA